AAUUCUCAUUUCAAACAUGCUUCAAAGCACGUUGCUUCGAAAGUCGAUUUUCUAUUCUCUAGCUCACCGCCGCCACGUGGCAUCCGUGCCUCUGAAGGAUGUCUUUUGUGACCCGGAAAACCCGAAAAUCCUGCAAUUCGGCGAUAUUUCGAUGGCUCAUCAUCGGAUUCAGAAUGGAAUCGUUCGUACCGAUUGCCGGAAAUCCAGAUGUUUGUCGAAAUUGUUCGAUAUGAACAUCUAUCUGAAGAUGGAGGUCAAUCAGGACACUGGAAGCUUCAAGGAGCGCGGAGCCCGAUAUGCUCUACAGAAUUUGCCGGAGGAGAAGAAGAAAGCCGGGGUUUACGCGGCUUCUGCUGGAAAUCAUGCGCUGGCACUUUCUCUUCAUGGGAAACAGUUGGGUGUAGAGGUGAACGUGGUGAUGCCCAAGAUUGCUCCAUUGAUGAAAAUCAAUCGAUGCCAGGACCUGGGAGCCAACAUUCUGGUUCAGGGCGAAGACAUCGCCGAGAGCCGAGAAAUCGCUCUUCGGAUGGCUCACGAUAGCAACGGAACCUAUAUCAACGGCUACGAUCAUUAUGACAUUCUCGCCGGCGCCGGCACCACUGGAAUCGAGAUUCUGGAGCAAAUCCAGAUGCCUGACGCGAUUUUGGUGCCGGUUGGUGGUGGUGGGCUGGUUGCAGGUGUCGCCACAGCUGUCAAGGCUUUGUCUCCAACUACCGAAGUGAUCGGUGUUGUUAGUGAGACUUGUCAGGCUAUUGUGAAAUCUCUCCAAGCAGGACACCCUGUGUACACGCCGACUCGUCCAACACUAGCUGACGGAUUAGCAGUACCCAAUGCAGGAGUGAAUGCUUUUGCGUCGAUGAUCGGAAAAGUGGAUCGAGUGAUUAGUGUGCCUGAAAACGACAUCGCUGUGGCAAUUCUCCGCCUAAUCGAGAAUGAGAAGGUGGUCUGCGAAGGCGCCGGAGCAAUCGGAAUCGGAGCAAUUCUAUCGGGAAAGCUGAAUCAUUUGAAGGGAAAAACAGUCGUAUCAAUUCUCUCUGGUGGAAAUAUCGAUAGUACAUCGCUGGGUAGAUGCAUUGAGAGAGGUCUCGCGUAUGAUCAUCGUGUAAUUCGUCUGUCGGUUAUCAUUCCUGAUAAGCCUGGUGGUCUGUCGAAAUUGACUGGCCUGGUGGGCGAACUGAGUGGAAAUGUUCGGGAUUUGUAUUUGGAACGUGCAUUCAUGAGAAACGACAUGUCGAGUCAACGUGUCAAGAUGGUGAUUGAGGUGCGCGGAGAGGAGCACGAAAUGCAGUUGAAGCAGAAGUUCCAGGAAGUAUACGACCCGUCAAACUGCCAAUUCAAGAACAAUCGCCUGCCAAGACUUUGAUAAAACAUCAGAUAUGCAACAUUGAAAAUUGAACAAACGGAAAUAAAAAUAAAAUAUCAGAAUUUCGAGUUU